CCUACUGUCUACUUUGCACUAGAUGUCUCAUGUUAAGUGACGAUUUCUCAUUUAAUCCGCCACUAAAAGGGCAAGUUUGUAGUAUUUUUUUAAACUAACAUUGAUACCGAGUUUUAAAUUUAAAUCGUCACCAAAUAAAAAAAAAAUGUUUUCAAAGAACUGGAGAAUGUCGGUGAUUGUGGUUUUAAUUGUAGUGAUUUCAGCAUACAUUGGUAAGUAAUAAAAAGUUUCUACCAUUUUAUGAUGCAGCAUAUUAUUGCGGAGAACGGUGCAUCAGAUCUCAAUCGAAAGUUAACACCGGAGGAAAGGGAGCAAAAGGCAGCAGAAAUGGAAAAAAAUGCAGCAAAACUGAAGGAAGAAGCAGCAGAAAUGCAGCAAAAUGCAGCAAAAAUGAAGCAAGAGGCAGCAGAAAGGCAGCAAGAGGUAGCAGAAAGGCAGCAAGAGGUAGCAGAAAGGCAGCAAGAGGUAGCAGAAAGGGAGCAAGAGGUAGCAGAAAGGGAGCUAAGAGCAAAAGAAAUGGAGCAAUGGGCAGAGGAAAUCGUCGCUAGUUAUAUAGAUUCAACUCUCAUCCCAAAAAAGGAUUUACGCGCGUUGGCGGCUGAACACCUCAAUGUAACUGUAUCAAAACAAUCGGAUUUUUGAAGUGGCGGCCGCUGCAUGUGGAUGAGGGGGAUGUUGUUUAUAUACAUUUCCCCAUGUUGGAAAAACGUUACAAAAAUUCGUACAUCCACCGAGGUCACACCUGUGUGGGGGGGGCCUCACCCAGCAGUGAUAGUUGCCGCGAAAGAAAAAGACGAUGAAACCUGUUCAGCAUUGAUAAUGACAUCAAACCCGCACCUGUCAAAACAUUCAAGAUUUGUGGAAGUUGCCGAUAAUGUGAAAGGCUAUGUAAUAACCUCUCCGCGCUGCCGUGUAGACUGUCACCUGAUUAGUCACUUCAAAGGAGUGAUUGGUCGGGUGGCACCUCAUGAGCUGAAACGAUUAUUGAACAGAAAAAAUGACAUCAAAAAUGACAUCGAAAAUGACAUCGAAAAUGACAUCGAAAAUGACAUCGAAAAUGACAUCAAAAAUGAAGUGGAGGAGCUAGCGUGUAAGAUUGUUCAAGGCUGAGCUUCUAUUAACAUUUUGAAAAAAUGAAUGAAUUUAUUUGAAAAAUAACGUGUACAUACAACAAUCGUCAAAAAUUAAGAUGUUGCAAAUAUCUCAGUUUGUAAUAUUUACCUUUGUUCAGUUCGUUCGUUUCAUUUAGUAAUACUCACAGUGGUGAGUAAUCUCUUUAGCACUGAUAUUCAUCAUCAGCACAUCUUUAGUUAUGGCACUGCCAAACAACUGUAACCCUGUAGGCAUACGAAGACUCAGGGCCCACAGUAAAGCAUCGUUUGUAGCGACACAUGUAUGGUUAAUGAACCCAGAUAUACCAGUUGGCUGUGCAGCUCACACUGCUCACAGAGGAGCUUAGGCAGCAAGACCAGAAUGAGUCUGGCGAAGAUGCUCGAUUACUAGAAAGUACCUUUUCUAGAUUAGUUACUCAGUUAGAGAACUGCAAUUCAAAGCAAGUUGCGUGUGUGUGUCCGUGCUGCAAGAAAGCACACACACUACAACACUGUGAAACGUUCACCAGUCUGUAUCCAGCUACCUCAGCUGUUACUUCGUUAUCAGUAGCUUCUUCCACCACGGACCAGUCUCCGACAUCUCUGCCGGCCGCAUCAUCGCAAUCAGUAUCUCCGCUAGCCUCAUCUGUACCUUGGUUAGUGCCUGAAGCACAGUUAGAGCAACGUAAUACUUCCAGCAAGAUCGGAGUUGCUGGCAGUAUGCAAUCAUCAGUUUCCAGCACAAAUUCCACUGCUCAGCUUGCCACACCAUUACCUCAGAAUCCGGCUGAACAUUCGCUAAUGUCCGCGCCAUACUCUUCUCAUAAUCCGGCCAAACAUUCGCUAAUGUCUGCGCCAUACCUGCACCAGAAUCCGGCAGAAUAUUCGCCAAUAUCCACGCCAUACUUGCUUCAGAAUCCGGCCAAUUGUUUGACUACAGUUGCGCCAACACUAGACCAGCCUCCAGUACACCAGUUCACUGCGGACCAGUCUCCGGCAUCUUCGCCGACCGCAUCUUCAUUAUUAGCAGCGUCGUUUAUCGCGGACCAGUCUCUGGCACCUCCACCAGCCUCAUCUCCAAGAUCAGUAGCUUCACUCACCGCAUUGUUACCUCAGCUUCCGGCCAAAUGCUCAGAUACGUUCGCGCCACUACCUAUUCCAUUUCCAGCUACUCAGCUGGCGGCACCCUUACUUCAGCUUCCAGUUCAACACUCGAAUACGUUCACUAUUUUGACUCCAGCGGCGACAUCGGCAUCGAAUACUGCGUCAUCCUGUGACUCAGGCUUGACCAACUCGCCUCAAGCAACGUUGGCUGCAGCGGCGGCGAUAACCAUGCCUUCCGCAAAUGCGCUGCUCUCUAGCAGCACCAACACCACUCCAGUCUAUGCAUCAUCACCCAGAGUAAUUCCUAGUAACCAGAUAGAAACGUCAUCAGCGCUCCCAUCUGCACCUCUUUCACCACUUUCUGUACCUGUACCAGUUCUGCCAGUCUCCGCGCAAGAUGCGCGACUAGUAGCCGCACUCACCACUCCAGUUUUGGCGCUCUUUGCGUCAGUUCCAGCAUCCGCGCGAAAUGCGCCGAUCACUGCGCGCACUGCGCCAGUUUCUGCGCUUCACACACCUGUACCAGUUGCCGCGGGUCCAGCACCAGCCACGUCCGCAUUGGCGGCUGAAUUCGCAGCUCAUCCGGCACAACUUCGCAUCGUCUCUGCAACACCUGCGCGUUCCUAUGCACAGGUAGUCAGAUCCAACUUGUCAUUAGUACUGGUCUCCACACAAGACAAGCCAGUUUUGGCACUCUCGACGCCAGUUUUAGCGCUCUCAGCACCAGUACCAGUAGCCGCACACGAUGCGCCCAAUCCUGCGCGCACUGCAUCAGUGUUAGCAGUUCAUGCGCCUGUAUCAGUUCCUCUGACGCUUACACAGACACAUCCGAGCGCAGAUACUAACCCUGCGCUCAGUACAGCAACCUUCGCAUUCUCCAACACCGCUUCCAGUAUCAUUUCCGCUCCAGUAGCCAUGCCAGCAGUGUCCGCUUCGACGGUGGCACUCAUGGCGAAUCUUGCACCUAACAGCAUCAUUUCUAUGUCAUUGGAGUGCUCACACGCGCUCCAGAAGCAGAUAACCGGACCCAAGUCAUCAUCUGAGUCUGUAGCAGUUUCUACACUGCACUCUGCAACUCAGAUGGUUGUUUCCUCAACCUCCGCGCUCUCAUUUACACCAUCGGUGCACUCAGCUUCGCUCAUACACGCACCUACUCGAGCUCAGUUGGAGGCGGAUCCAGCGGCGCCUGGUUCCCCUCCUCCGCCGCAUCCCAGCACACAGCUAGCUUCUCAUUCAUCUUUAGUGAAGAUGGAGGUGGCGUUUGAUGCGCCUCGUAUCUCUCUUACCAGUGCAAGCACAAGUACACUGCUGUCGGCACCAUCCACGUCACUCUCAGCAUUUCUAUUGAAUUCAUCAAUGAAUCGCAGCAGUAAUCGCAGCCAGUUCGCGACACAUGUACCUCUGAAGUUUUUGGCAGCAGUUCCUGCCGCGCCUAUCUCCUCAGCUCGCAAUCGAAGCACUAGUUUAGCGGUGUUCUGCAACUCAGAUGGUUGUUUCCUCAACCUCCGCGCUCUCAUUUACACCAUCGGUGCACUCAGCUUCGCUCAUACACGCACCUACUCGAGCUCAGUUGGAGGCGGAUCCAGCGGCGCCUGGUUCCCCUCCUCCGCCGCAUUCCAGCACACAGCUAAUCUCUCUUACCAGUGCAAGCACAAGUACACUGCUGUCGGCACCAUCCACGUCACUCUCAGCAUUUCUAUUGAAUUCAUCAAUGAAUCGCAGCAGUAAUCGCAGCCAGUUCGCGACACAUGUACCUCUGAAGUUUUUGGCAGCAGUUCCUGCCGCGCCUAUCUCCUCAGCUCGCAAUCGAAGCACUAGUUUAGCGGUGUUCGCCUCCCAAACCAGCAACGCGCGUUCCUCGCGCACCUGCGCA